AUGUACGUGUGGGAGCAGCAGGAGGUGGGGGUCAGAGCAGCAGGAGGUGGGGGUCAGAGCAGCAGGAGGUGGGGGUCAGAGCAGCAGGAGGCGGGGGUCAGAGCAGCAGGAGGUGGGGGUCAGAGCAGCAGGAGGCGGGGGUCAGAGCAGCAGGAGGCGGGGGUCAGAGCAGCAGGAGGUGGGGGUCAGAGCAGCAGGAGGCGGGGGUCAGAGCAGCAGGAGGUGGGGGUCAGAGCAGCAGGAGGCGGGGGUCAGAGCAGCAGGAGGCGGGGGUCAGAGCAGCAGGAGGUGGGGGUCAGAGCAGCAGGAGGUGGGGGUCAGCGCAGCAGGAGGCGGGGGUCAGAGCAGCAGGAGGCGGGGGUCAGAGCAGCAGGAGGCGGGGGUCAGAGCAGCAGGAGGUGGGGGUCAGCGCAGCAGGAGGCGGGGGUCAGAGCAGCAGGAGGUGGGGGUCAGAGCAGCAGGAGGUGGGGGUCAGCGCAGCAGGAGGCGGGGGUCAGAGCAGCAGGAGGUGGGGGUCAGAGCAGCAGGAGGUGGGGGUCAGAGCAGCAGGAGGUGGGGGUCAGAGCAGCAGGAGGUGGGGGUCAGAGCAGCAGGAGGUGGGGGUCAGAGCAGCAGGAGGCGGGGGUCAGAGCAGCAGGAGGUGGGGGUCAGAGCAGCAGGAGGCGGGGGUCAGAGCAGCAGGAGGCGGGGGUCAGAGCAGCAGGAGGUGGGGGUCAGAGCAGCAGGAGGUGGGGGUCAGCGCAGCAGGAGGCGGGGGUCAGAGCAGCAGGAGGCGGGGGUCAGAGCAGCAGGAGGCGGGGGUCAGAGCAGCAGGAGGCGGGGGUCAGAGCAGCAGGAGGCGGGGGUCAGAGCAGCAGGAGGUGGGGGUCAGAGCAGCAGGAGGUGGGGGUCAGAGCAGCAGGAGGUGGGGGUCAGAGCAGCAGGAGGUGGGUGUGA